UUACUCGUUGUCAACAUUUAGCCACGUGAGUUCCACAUCCCACCAGAAGAGCAAUCCGUCCAAAAACAAAUGAAAGCAGAGUUGGAAAAGAAAACAACAAUUUCAAGAAAUCGACAAACGCAAAGUCGGGUCCUAUUCACUGUUUAUCCGGGUCGGAUCUGUCUCCCCCCCUUACGGCUAUCCUUUCACCUUUUCAGUCCCACUACGUUUCCCCCCUUUCUCUCUCUACAACUCUUUCUCUCUCUCUUUACCCCCCAUGUGAUCAAGUCCCCCCUUUUUGUAAUCACAAAACGGUCCUAGUAUGUUUCGUGCUAUCAAGAAUUCUGUAUCGUUAUCUUUUCUGCUAGCACUCGAUUGAUCGGCAGCUGCUUCCCCUUAAUUCGACUGAUUUUGUGCUGAAAUUUCUUCCUUUUUUUAUUUUCUUGUAGUUCUUGAAUCCGUUUCUCGGUCAUUUCUGUUUCUAUUCCAGUGGAGCUGCGGUGAUUGAACUGUUGGAUUGGUGCGAGGUGGAAAUCCGGAGCUGAAUUGCGGUGGUUGGUGGUGUUCUGAUCUGGGUUUUGUUGAGCUCGCUGAGUUGCAUUGCGGUGGUGAUUAGUCUGGUGUGAAGAAGUGCUGGUUAGUUAGGUCAAAUUGAGGCGAAGUUUGGAUUUUGGGUACUGGAUUGGGGUUUUGGAUCCGGUCAGGGGGGAAACAGCGCCAUUAGAUGGCGCUGUUCAGAAGGUUCUUCUACCGGAAGCCGCCCGAUCGGCUUCUCGAGAUCUCCGAGAGGGUCUACGUGUUUGAUUGUUGCUUCUCCACCGAUGUACUUGACGAAGAUGAGUACAGAACGUAUAUGAAUGGGAUUGUUGCUCAGUUACAGGACCACUACCCCGAUGCUGCUUUUAUGGUUUUCAAUUUCAAAGAAGGUGAAAGGAGAAGCCAAUUAUCCGAUGUGUUAUCUCAGUAUGACAUGACAGUAAUGGAUUACCCUCGUCAGUAUGAAGGGUGUCCGCUGUUACCGCUGGAGAUGAUUCACCACUUCUUGCGUUCCAGUGAGAGUUGGCUGUCACUUGAGGGCCAACAGAAUGUGCUUCUGAUGCACUGUGAAAGGGGGGGAUGGCCCGUGCUCGCCUUUAUGCUUGCAGGCCUUUUAUUGUACAGGAAACAGUACACGGGAGAGCAGAAGACGCUCGAAAUGGUGUACAAACAAGCACCAAGGGAACUUCUUCAUCUCUUGUCUCCUUUAAAUCCACAACCGUCUCAGCUCAGAUAUCUUCAGUACAUAUCUCGAAGGAAUAUUGGGUCCGACUGGCCACCGUCAGAUACACCUCUGGCUUUGGAUUGUAUUAUUCUUAGGAUCCUUCCUUUAUAUGAUGGUGGAAGAGGAUGCCGACCAGUAAUUCGUGUAUAUGGUCAGGAUCCCGCUUCAAAAGCAUCUACUAGAAGUUCAAAGCUUUUGUUCUCAACCUCAAAAAUCCAAAAGAAAAUCCGUCUCUAUAAACAGGAAGAGUGUGAGCUAGUAAAAAUUAAUAUCCGUUGCCGUGUUCAAGGAGAUAUUGUCCUUGAGUGCAUCCACUUGGAGGAUGACUUGGUGAGAGAAGAGAUGAUUUUCAGAGUGAUGUUCCAUACAGCAUUUGUUCGGUCAAACGUUUUGAUGCUGACCCGUGACGAAGCAGAUGUUCUUUGGGAUGCCAAGGACCAGUUCUCUAAGGAAUUCAGAGCAGAGGUACUAUUUUCGGAUGCAGAUUCUGUUCACUCUGUUGUAGACACAGAAGAAGCAGAAAGUGACGAUGGAAAUGAAACAGAAAAUGCUGGAGCUGAGGAAUUCUUUGAGGCAGAAGAGAUAUUCAGCAGUGUAGCCGAUGCUCAGGAUGGCAAGGCAGAGUCGGAAUCUGAUGACUAUGCAAUUAUCACUAGUUCUGAAGUCAACGAAAGUAAUCCGGAGAUAGCCGUGAAGGAUGAUUCAGAUCAUCAUGCAUUUGAAGAUUGUGCGUCUGAUGAGGGAAUUCAGAGGCGUGAACGCUAUGGUAGCGCGGCGCAUAAUGGAAAUGCUAAAGUACAGUCUGGAUUUCAGACUUAUAAAGUAGCUAGUAAUGUUGAGACCAAAUCAAUUAAUGGUGGAAUGGGUGACGAGUCAGAAGAAGAAGAAGAAGAGAAUGAGCAAAGUGAAGAAGCUCCUCGGUUAAUGAAGAAUCUCGAAAAGCAGGGCCAGCAACAGAAACCUACCACUGAUAGUAAUAAGCCAAAGUUGGAUAGAAGCAUCUCGACUCUAUCUAAAAAGCCGCCUGUUUCUAUUUCACGAUCUGCUUCUGAUGCAGUCACUACCAACAAGAAAUCUAAGCCGCUGGAGUCGCAGAGCACUCCAGCUAGAGUAGCAAAGCCAAAUGCUGUAUCGAGGUGGAUACCUACUAAUAAAGCAACUGCUACAGCUGACAGAGGUACUGCAUCAGGCCGUUCCAAGCACGCCUCUAGCGCCUCAUCAUCAGAUGCAUCACCGGCUCAAGAAGCUUUUGCCCCCCCAUCUCUACCUUUACCCUCACAGAUUGGAGGUGAAGCCAAACUAAGCAUAGAAUCGCCACCUUCAGAUUCACCCCAGCCAUCCCCUCCACCACCGCCACCACCUCCUCAGCCUAAUUCUUUUCUAUAUGAACCUUCUUCAACACCUACAGCAACGCUUCAAGAUGGUGAGGGCAGUGUUCUUUCACCUCCAGCUGCACCUCAUAGCCUCUCACCAAAUGGUGGACGUUUUACUCCACCUCCACCUCCACCUCCACCUCCUCCUCCUCCUCCUCCUCUACCAUCUGCAAAUGCUGUUACUGUCUUGUCCUCAAGAUCAUCCCAGCCACCCCAACCUUCCAUACUUCCAUUUCCUCAGACUGCAACUUUUACCCAGUUCGCACCUUCCUCUUCACAUCCGCCAUCCACUGGAACAAGCUUAUGGACAGCUGUGCAGGAAGCCAUUCCCAAACCCCCUCCUCCCCCUCCCCCUCUUCCCCACUCUUCCAAUGUGCAGAAUACCAGUAGAGUGCCGCCGCCUCCACCACCUCCUCCACCCCCGUUUUCAGGUGGGAGUUCAUGGCAUGCACCUUUAGGAGUAUCAAGUUCUGGAUACUCUGAAAGAUCUUCUAGCAUAAGAAAACCCUCUCCACCUCCACCACCCCCACCUCCUUCGACACCACCACCUCCCAUGAAUGGGCUUCCUUCUUUUCAAUCACAUCGAGCUCCACCUUUACCCCCAGUCCCACCUCCUCUGUCCGGCGGUCCACCUCCUCCACGUGGUGCUCCACCACCUCCACCUCCUCCUCCACCACCUCCUUUUUCACGUGGUGCACCCCCACCUCCACCUCCCCCUCCCCCACCUCCUUCUCGUGGAGCACCACCACCUCCACCUCCGCCUCCCACUUACGAAAAUUAUUUUCCUCAGAGCCAUAGAACUCCACCACCACCACCUCCUCCUCCUCACCGUAGUGCUCCACCUCCACCACCGCCUCCUCCUCUUGGUGCACCUGGUGUACCGCCUCCUCCACCUCCACCUCCGGGAUGGGGAAUGCCUGGUCCACCACCUCCCGGACGGGGAAUGCCUGGUCCACCGCCUCCUCCACCACCUCCGGGAAGGGGAAUGGCUGCCCCACCGCCUCCUCCACCACCUCCCGGAAGGGGAAUGCCUGCCCCACCGCCUCCUCCACCACCUCCGGGAAGGGGAAUGCCUGCCCCACCGCCUCCUCCUCCACCUCCUGGACGUGGAAUGCCGGCGCCACCGCCACCUCCCCCUCGUGGAGCUCCACCACCUCCACCUCCUCCUACACGUGGAGCCCCAGUUCCACCUCCCCCACCUUCAGCUCGUGGCCCGCCGCCACCUCCACCCAUAGGAGGAGCACCACCUCCACCACCACCUCCUGGAGGUCGUGUGCCUGGUCCACCUGCACCUCCAGGACCUCCUAGACCUCCAGGAGGUGCACCACCCCCACCUCCUCCAUUUGGUGCAAAGGGACCUGCAACAGAUGGUAAAGGAUUGCUUGCUGGUAGAGGGCGUGGGCUUCCACGACCAAUGGCAGCAGCACCUCGAAGAUCUACCUUAAAGCCACUUCAUUGGAGCAAGGUAACCAGGGUAUUACAAGGAAGCUUGUGGGAAGAACUGCAGAGAUUCGGGGAUCCUCAAGUGGCACCAGAAUUUGAUGUGUCAGAACUGGAGACCCUUUUCUCUGCCACACUACCAAAGUCAGAUGCAGGAGGAAAGGCUGGAGGCCGCAGAAAGUCUACUGGAUCUAAGACUGAAAAAGUCCAUCUGAUUGACCUAAGGAGAGCGAACAACACUGAAAUUAUGCUCACAAAAGUGAAAAUGCCCCUUCCCGACAUGAUGGCUGCAGCACUUGCAAUGGAUGAAUCAAUUUUGGAUGCUGAUCAAGUAGAAAAUCUCAUCAAGUUUUGUCCAACUAAAGAAGAGAUGGAACUUCUUAAGGGCUACACAGGAGACAAGGAGACUCUGGGGAAGUGCGAACAGUUUUUCCUGGAGCUGAUGAAGGUUCCACGAGUUGAAUCUAAGUUGAGGGUUUUCUUAUUCAAGAUCCAAUUCAACUCUCAGGCAUCUGAUUUCAAGAGAAGCCUGAACACUGUAAAUUCAGCAUGUGAAGAGGUUCGGAGGUCCCUCAAACUGAAAGAAAUUAUGAAGAAGAUUUUAUAUCUUGGAAAUACAUUAAACCAAGGAACUGCAAGAGGUUCUGCUCUUGGAUUCAAGUUAGACAGUCUCUUGAAACUCACAGAUACACGUGCAUCCAACAACAAGAUGACACUCAUGCAUUAUCUUUGUAAGGUGCUUGCGUCAAAGACACCAGCUCUUUUAGACUUUCAUCAAGAUCUUGUUAGCUUGGAAGCUGGCUCUAAGAUACAAUUGAAAUCUUUGGCAGAAGAGAUGCAAGCCAUUAUCAAAGGUUUAGAGAAGGUAAAGCAGGAAUUGGCUGCUUCAGAAAACGAUGGUCCCGUAUCUGAAACUUUUCGCAAGACAUUGAAGGAAUUUGUCACUAUUGCUGAGACUGAUGUGGCCUCUGUGACGCAUCUAUAUUCUAUUGCGGGGAGAAAUGCAGAUGCACUAGCUCUAUAUUUUGGUGAGGAUCCUGCAAGAUGCCCUUUUGAGCAAGUCAUUGCAACCCUAUUGAACUUUGUCAGAAUGUUCCGGAAAGCUCAUGAAGAAAACUGCAAACAAGCGGAACUAGAAAAGAAGAAAGCCCGGAAGGAAGCUGAAAUGGAGAAUGCCCAAGGAAUAACUCUGACAAAGAGAGCUAAAAAUUGAGUUGAAUACUUUUAGCGGGCGCAUAGCUGUUCCUGACUGUCAGCAUACAAUAUUUGACUGCAGACGCCGCAGACUGCAGCUAACGAGCCUUCAGCUUUGCUGGAAAUGCGGUGCAGAGGGUGCUCUCGAGCCAUCACACAACCUGAACUUGUAGAGAGAAGGAAAUUUGAGAAAGCCUGGUGGCCGUUGGGGUGCUGAUCUCAUCGGAGAUUUCUUCCUCAGAGGUACGUAUUGAGCCCUCACAUGUCUUGAAACGACGUUGCAUGCAGGUUGGACUAAUGAGAAAAUACGCUCGUUUCCACCGCAUUGAUUCACCAUCAGCUUUCGUGAGGAUACCACUUGAACUGUAAAGCAUGUCGCCAGAAUGCACGAUGAAACUUGUACAUAAAUGCUAACCCUCUACUUAGGUGUAACACUAAUUCUUUGCUGUAGUUAUAGAAUUCGAUUUGGUUCCUCAUAGCGCUCAGGUCGGAACGUGGAACCUUUGUUCAAAUGCGUUGUAUAGAACGAGUAGAGAGGAUAUAUAGAAUAUAGUCUAUGAUUCGUAGAUAGUGAUGUAGUCCAGCAUAGGUUUUUUGGUCUGAAAUUGUUUUCUGUUUUUAAAUUCAGCUUCUGGAAUUGGAUAAAUUCAUUCAUUAGCGAGGAAGAAAAAAGGAGCAUUUUUCCA